AGAUCUAUGAUUGGACGCUAAAGAACGAAUUUGAAUCCCGUACAAAUGUCAUAUUUGCCGCGCAAAUUUGUAACCGGUCGAGAUAAACCGUUGACAAAACAUCUGUUGUUCUUUGAGUGUAUUUCAAAAACCUGGCGUCACAAAAAAUGCGAUACGAGUUCGGGACAUUGAUAUACAACCGUAAGCAAAUGAGCACCAACUUUACCUCAAGAAAAAGAAAUAAGAGACAACAAUUUUUGCCAGUAGAGGUUAACUCAUCUCCGUGACGCGCGGAAAAUGGAUCAUAUCAACAACGAUUUUGAAGAACUCGAACCUCGAGCUACGCCUCAACGUACUGUUUUGAAGUGUGUGACAGAUCCAUCAGUGCCUGAAGUAUCAUUGAUUUUUGGGAAAGAAUUUCAAGCACCAGAAAUUCUACCUGAAAAUAAGAUUCAACCGUCAGAAAAAUGCAAGGCUUAUAUAAAUUGGAAAAAUAGUGGAUGUCCUUCGCCGAUAGAUCAAAGAUCAGUGGCCCAAAGAUUAGUAACAUCAAAUCAUAAUUUUGAUCAGCCCCUGCCAAACUCAGCAUCACCUCACAAGAAUUCGAAUGCCUAUUUUAGAAAUGAAGGACUAAAUUACAACUCACAACCAACAUCCAAUUAUGUUCCAAUUCAGUACAAACAGAAUCAGACCAUCGCACUACAAAAACAUGGUUCAUCAACUUCCGAGGAUAGCAAUGCAUUUGAUAAAAUGUAUAACUCUCAUCAGCGAGCAUUACAAGACAUUUCUCUUCAUGCUAGGCCUAGAACUGAACUAAUUGAAACUCCAAUACAAAAUGGUUCUUACAACGCAAUUAAGUCAAUUUUGAAAAGCUCAUUAUCCAAUAAUGCUUCGGGCAAGAAAACAACCACAGAUAACUCUGUCAAAUCUGACAAGGAUUUUCAUAGCAGAAGUCCUUUGCAGUCGAGCCACAAUCGGUGCCAAAAUAGUCCUCGACAAACCGAUGUCUCCACAUAUUCAUAUACUCCACCAGUCUCUCGAUGUCAGCAUUCAAAUGAAUUGACCAACGAACGUGACACGGUUCGAGAUUUGUUACUACUUGUGAAGAAUCAAAACGAACAGAUAAAAACGCUUCAAUCCCAAGUCGAAAGGUUAUUAGAAAUUCAUGAAAAUAAUAUCGGACAUCGAUCCGUUGGGACUAGAUCAAACUCAAAAUGCCAAUCUUCCACUACUGGCCAUGAUAUUGAUGCUCCUAUGAAAAACAAUGUUAUAGUUUCUGCACAAAAAUCUUGUCAUUCAAGAGGAAUCAAUGCUAUGUCAUGUUAUCCAGGCGAAGAGCAGCCCGAAGUACCAUUGCGCUUUCAAAACGAACCAUUACGAAACACGUUAGUGGAAAAAAAAGUUUCUAUUGGUGUAAUGACAAGUUUUGAAUUCAGUGUUCAGAACAAUCCUUUUGUAACUGAUACUGAUAAUCAACCAAGCAGCGCUCAGAAAGAGUGUGCAAAAAAUAUGAGCAGAUCUAGCGACACUUGGGGCCCUAAGGUUCUUUGUUCAAGAAAAAUGCCUAUUGAGCCGCUUGAGAAUAUCAGCGAAGAUACCGAGAGUCAUCCAUCUUCCAUUGGAAGACCAAGCAAUAACAAUACUCAAAUAUCUUCGCCAGAAAAAUUUAUUUCACAGUCUGCCGCAAACGUGAAUAGCAACUUUGUGAAAGGUUCUUCAAAUUCGAAUAACUCUCAGGACAGAGACAAAAAUUCAUCGAUUAUUUUUUCCAACAAACCAGCAGCAUGUUCAUCCGAGAUGUACGACAAUCAUCGAUCUCAGAAAAAUGCAGCCCUGGAAUUGACUAAUGAACAGGCUCAGCAUUUCAGAAAUCUUGCAGUACGGUCUUCCAACAAAUUACCUAAAAAUCUGAAACAUGCCCAAACCGAGAAAAAGGAGCUAAAAGAUUACAACGGAACAAAUGAACUCGAAUCCAAUCGUGAUGCAAAUCUGGAGAACGAACGAAUGAACCAUCAGUAUUCUAAGCUCUCGAAAUACGACAUGAAGUCGAUACCCGCAGAGAACACUGCCGAGGGCAGUUUAAUCUUGUGUAGCUCAGACUUGGAAGUACGAGACAGAUCUCCACCGAGCUUGGAUCCGAGUAUUCAUGUUGAAAUGCGUGAAUAUUCGAGUGACGACGAACCAGAGGAAUUGAAUCGUGCUCCUCCAGUCGGUUGGACAUUUUAUAAGAAUGUGUUUGAUCAAGUAAACCGAAUUUUACAUGCUAUGCCAAACGGGCAGGAUAUUCAAGAAAAUGAAAAAACUGAGGCAUGCACGUAUCCAAGUGAGAGCAUCGAGAAAAAGGAUAUUCUAAGCUCCGUCAAAACUGCUACAAUCGAGCAAUUGAAAAUGCUUGGCAUCAGUUACGCAGAGCAUUCCCAAUUCAACGGUGAACAUACACAGAAAAAGGUAACCUUUGACUCCUCGUACAUUCCUACCGUGGAUUGCCAAGUCAACGUUGCUCACCCUUCGAUUUCCACGACCGAAACCAACACGAGCAUGCACAUGAAAACUCUCGCUCUGAAAUAUCUCAGCGAUGAACAACUUGCAGAUCUUGCUGUUCACCAACAAGGAGUUGGUGCAACGAUGAAACAAAAAUUUCUCAGUGUUCAGGGAACGAAUAUGUCGUUUGCAACUAUGAACUACCUACAACGAUACUGUUUAGUCUCGGGAAUGCACACGCUAAACACCGACGGUAAUGGACAGGAGAAUGUGAUGAAUCAAAAAAAACCGAAACAUUUUUCCAUGCCAAAAGAACCUGUCGCCCAACCACCGGCCCGAAAUCAAAGCUUCGAAAAUUCCAUGCAUAGAACAGUCUCUGAUAACAUUUUGGAUAUGACGACUUUAAAACAACAACCGAAAUUACUAUGAAACUGUGUGAAGUCGGUUUUGAUCAUCCUGAACGAUCACGUUUACCGGUUUCACAACUCUGCUCUAUUAAUUUCAAUGACAAUUAUAAAUAUGGGAAAUGAACAAGCCUUGAACAGUU